AUGGUUUUAUCUUGGCUCCUCAACUCCCUAUCCAAAGAGAUUGCAGACAGUGUUAUCUGCUCCAGGACAGCCAAAGAUCUGUGGACUGAUUUGGAAGAUCGCUUUGGGCAGUCCAAUGGAGCAAACUUGUAUCACUUGCAAAAGGAGCUCAAUGACUUAGUACAGGGGUCUAAUGACUUGGCAGGAUAUUUCACAAAGGUGAAAAGGCUUUGGGAUGAACUAGAUACUCUCAAUGCAAAUAUAAGUUGUGGAUAUGACUGUACAUGUGGAGGUAAGGCCAAAGUAUCUAAGUCAUUUCAAGAUGAAAUACUCAUUCAAUUUCUUAUCGGAUUGAAUGAUUCUUAUGCUGAUGUUAGAGGAAACAUUCUAAUGAUUUCACCUCUACCUAGUGUUAAUCAUGCUUAUUCACUGUUGAUUCAAGAUGAAAAACAAAGGGAAAUCUAUGUUAACAAUCAAUUCCCUGGUGAUUCAUCUUCUUUUAUGGCUGUUAAUCAGUUUAGUGGUUCUCAGAAAUUUGGAAACUCUGAUUCUAGAGGUGGAAAAGGCAGGGGAGAUUACAAGAAAAACAAUCAGAUUUGUUCCUACUGUAAGAAAUCUGGACAUACUGUGGAUAAGUGCUACAGGAUUAUAGGUUUUCCUGCUGAUUUUAAGUUCACAAAGUCUAAGAAAUUUCAAGGAAGAUCCCUGGCUAAUGCAGCCAUAAAUGAUGGAGGAUCAGUUCAUGGUUUUAACACGGAUUCUGGAAUGAAUGUCCAGCACCAGUUAUCACAAGACCAAUUCACUCAACUCAUUCAGUUACUUCAAGAUGUGAAAAGAGGACAACAUGGUUCUUCUUCCGAGGCUGUUGCUAAUUCUGCUGCCUGUUCUGACUCAGGUGCUAAUGAACAUAUGGCUUUUGACAUCACUAUUUUUUCUGAGAUCAUCCCUCUUCCUAUACCCUUAAUAGUAAAUCUACCUAAUUCACAAAAGGUAAAGGCCCCUUCACUGAAGAGGCCUCUGGUUCUUGGUGAUUUGCAGAGUGGUCUUUAUCUACUUCAGCCUUCUAGAGAUUUGUCUACUGUUCUUCAUAUGCCUUUUAUUACCUUUAGUGAGCCUGUUGUCUCUAAUCCCACAGCUGACAAUUCUGCACCAGCAGAAACUCUCAUCUUUACUCCAUUUCUCAAUUCUCCUACUUCCCCUGCCUCUAUCCAAUCCCCUAUCUUGCCCGUUUCUACUCCACCACCUCUUUCUUCUAUAUCUUCUUCUAGAUCACACACUCAUUAUAUUUCUCCUAUUUCUCUUCCUUCUCCUCAUACACCUCAGUUGAGGAGAUAA